CUUGAUUUGAUCCCUCAUCAAAUUGACGACGGGCAGUUGGCACUUUGCAUCAUUUUGCGCUUUUGCGAGGCUGGACCUUGCCUAAUCAUCUGCUUCGGGCACUGGGGCUUGCACACGGCUCAAGGCUGCUCAGUAACGACGACGACGACGACUAGACCCCGAGACGCGCCGUCGCGACUCGCAACAAGGCUCGGCCAGCACCGUUCAUCACACAAAUUUGUCCCUGGCGCUCGUCGCCAGAGCCCAUCAGCUCGUCACCAUGGAACCUCGUGCGCGAGCCGGCAAAAAUGUCGGCAAGAUGAACUUUUCGCACAUUGAGCUGGCGCAGCUCUUAUACGCGCACGGCGACGUCAAGAACCCGCUCCCGGAGACGGUGCGGGUGCUGGACGAGAUCCUGACCGACUUCAUGCAGUCGAUUGCGUUCGAGGCGACGCGGGCGGCGCACUACUCGGGGCGGCAGAAGAUCAAGUACGAGGACUUUGAGUUUGCGUUCCGCAAGAACCCGGCGUUCCUGGGCAAGGUGCAGGAGGUGUUUGAGAAGCAGCGCGAGAUCAAGAAGGCGCGCGAAAUUCUGCGCGAUAACGACGACGACAUCAUGAAGGACGCGGCCGAGGAGGAGAAGAGGCGCGAGAAGGAGGAUGGCGGCGACAAGACGGCGGGCGCGGCAGCGGGGGGAGCGGGCGGGAAGCCGGGGCCGGGGGCUGCGCGGGUGGAGGAGGAGGAGCUGGGCGAGGCGGACGAUGAUGCCGAGGCCGAGGCCGAUGCUCUGGGGAAGAAGAGAUGAGUUGAGAGAGUGCGCCGUCUGCUGCGGCAGCGUUCUGCUGGAGAUUCGUGGGCUGUGUCCGUCACUCGUCGGGCGGGUUUCGUUUAAUUUGGGCAUUCAUUGGGGCCGGCAUUCAUCCAGGCCUUAGGGCGGCCUGCGGGCUCCAUGGACAGGUAGCGCGGCGUUUCGGUAUACAGACUUGGUCUCUGCAAGAGA